CGUUGUUAUCGGAGUUGUUGAGCUACUUUACAAAGUUUACUAAUUUACCGACCGACCCCGAACGCAACAUAACGGUCAGUUCUGGUUUCAAAUAAGUUGUAAGUCUGAAUAAAGUGAACAAACCUCUGGUUGUGUCACAUUAAAAACAUUCCGUGCUUUAACAUGUGAUGUUUAAAGACGGAUAUUUAAUAUGUGCAGCAAACUAAAUUAAGUCUGUCUGUUUUUAGCAGGUUUUGGUUUAAUUCCUUGAGGAAACUGAUAGUUUCUCUGUUUCUGUGGCUGCCAUUGGACACUUUGGCCACUAGGUGGAGACGCUGAGUCACAGCGGAGGAAACAUUUUCAUUUAUUCAGGAGUUGAGCUUCAGUAGAAAGAGAAUAAAUACAACUUCAAAUAAAACUUUAAAUGUAUCAGUCAGAUGUCGUAACAAAUGUACACGCGGACACACACACACACGCUCACACACACACGCUCACACGCACUCACACACACACGCUCACACACACAGAAGCUCUCACAUGUUCAACCACGCUCACACGCUCACCCACGCUCUCACACACAUGCUCACACACGCUCUCACACACGCACGCGCUCACACACACGCACGCGCUCACACACACACGCUCACACACACACGCGCUCACACACACACAAGCUCACACACACACGCUCUCACACACACACGCUCACACACUCUCACACGCUCUCACACACAGACACACUAGUGUGCGUCCUCCCGUCUUGUUUAAUAGAAGUCUCUCGUAGGGUUUCUCUGGGCGACGACGUCCUGCGGCCGUACGCCGUCGGUCAUGGCCCCGCCCACUCCCACCGCCACGUCAGGGACUGCCAGCCCGCCGUUCACGGGAACGCCACCCACGAGACCCGGCCCGCCUCCACCGGCGUGGGCGGGGCGCCGCCGAUGGAGUCCAUGGUGUUCGUGUCUGACGUCCCGGGGAGCUCCAGACAGGUCUACGGUCACAUGACGGUGGUCCGUGAUCCCCUCAGGACGCUGUCGGUGUUGGAGCCCGGCGGCCCCGGUGGCUGCGAGAGGAACCGCGGCGCCACGGUGGAAGAGACGGCGAGCGGCGGAUGUCUGUUCGCCCAGAACGCCGGAUUCUUCCACCCUGAAAAACACUGUUGCCUUGGCAACGUGGUGAGCGACGGCCGGCUGGUGAGGGACAGCGGGGGGGUCCAGAACGCCCAGUUCGGCAUCCGGAGGGACGGCAGCCUGGUGGUCGGGUACCUGUCCCAGCAGGACGUCCUGGACCAGUCCAACCCGUUCCUGCAGCUGGUCAGCGGUGUGGUCUGGCUGCUGAGGAACGGAGAGCUCUACAUCAACCAGAGCCUGGAGGCCGAGUGUGACGCCACGCAGAGGACUGGUACACACACACACACACACACGACUGGUACACACACACACUGUAUAAGGUCUCUGUUGCCCCUCAGGGCGGUUCCUCACCUUUGUGGACGUGGUGUCGGCGAGGACGGCGGUGGGCCACGACGGCGAGGGCAACGUGGUCCUGUUCCACAUCGACGGAUGAACCUCUGGGAGGUGGCUGAGUCCCUGAGGGGCUACGGCGUCAUCAACGCCAUCAACCUGGACGGAGGCGGGUCCUCCACCUACGUGGCCAAUGGCUCCCUGGCCAGCUACCCCUCCGACCACUGUAAACCAGACAGCAGGUGGCGCUGUGCUCGGACCGUCUCCACCGUCUUGUGCGUCCACCCGCGGCGCUGCGAGCCGGCGGACUGCGGCGGCCACGGAGACUGCGUGGACGGCCGCUGCCGGUGCCGGCCGGGCUGGCGGGGCGCCGCCUGCGACGCUGCGGUCUGUCGGCCCGCCGCCUGCGGGCCUCAUGGGGUCUGCACCGCCGAGGGUUGUGGCUGUGAAGCUGGAUGGAGAGGAAAGAACUGCAGCCAAGUGUGUCCUCUGGGGUUCUUCGGCCCGUCCUGCGCUGAGGAGUGUGUCUGUGAGGACGAGUGUCCAUGUGACCCGCAGUCAGGAAGCUGCAACGCCACCCUGCGAGGAGAGGCCAACUACACGUUACACAGAGCUGGACGAUGUUUGGCCAAACGGAUGUUUACACUUUGGAGACGAGACGAAGAAGCUCGGAGAGAACGGCCUCGUCUGACAGAGAGCGCCUGGCUGGCCCUCAGCUCCUCUCUGGCCGCUCUGCUGCUCCUCAGUCUGCUGCUUCACCUCCUCCGGGCGUGGCGAGGCUCGGUGGCGCCGUGCGCCGCCCCCGCCAUCGAGCGCCCGGAGUACUCCUACGUCCCGCUGAGCCGCGUCAACGGAGCGGCCGGCGCCGGGAAGUCCUGCUCGCUGUUGGAGGACUCGGACUCUCAGGACGAGAUCUGGUCCCCGUCGGAGGAGGGGGGGUCGUAGCCCGGUGGGGGGGAGCGGCGCCGAGUGAAGACGCCACGAGAAACGUCUGAAACACUUAAACUUCCAAUCCUGCUGGAAGGAAAAGGAAGGAAAGGACCAAAGGAAAGGAAGAGAAGGAAGGAAAUGGGGAAGGAAGAGAAAGGAAAGGGAAACUGGAAGGGAAGGAAGGAAAAGAAGAAUCGAAGGAAGGAAAGAAAGGGAGGGAAAAGGAAGGGAAUGUAGAAGGAAUAGCAAGGAGGGAGGGAGGGAGGGAAGGAAUGGAAGAAUUAGGAUGGAUGGGGAAGGAAAAGUAAGGCAUGGGAAGCAAGGAAGGAAAUGGAGAAAGGAAGGGGAUGGAAAAGGGAGGAAGGAAAGGGAGGGAGAAGGAAAAGAUAGGAAGUAAAGAGAAGGAAGGAAGUAGAAGCUCCAGGACUCCUCUUCCUCCUCGUGGACAGGAAGUAGCGAUGAAGACCAACAGCGACAUUACAAUCAAUACUUUGAUGUCCAGGAUCAGAAAGGUCAAAGGUCGCCACUCGAGCGGCCGGGCUAACGACCUCUGCUGAUGUGUUUUGUGACUUUUACAGAUAUUAUAAACGCGUUCAGUCGACUAAAUUACAAAAGAAAUGUCGACAAAAUAUCCAUGAAAAUGAGUAUGUUUAUUUAAUAUUCUAAACAUGGUGGCGUCUUCUUCUUCAGGGGUCUAAAAACAACUCCUUUUUUAUUUAGUUCCUCUUAUUUAAUUACUGAUGACAUCACAGUUUAAUCUUGUGUUGAAUUACAGAAACCAGGAUCCUGGGUUGAACUGACGAUGACCUUUGACCUCGAAACGUUACUGAGUUUUAUUUUAGUUUUCUUAUCGACAAUUUUAUUUAAUUUGUUUUUAUGUAUUUGUCAAACAUCCCUGAACUCCUGAAUGUAACGACGGCGUUAAAGAAUAAAUCAUCCAGACCGCCAA